CGGAGAGCAGCUCCGAGCCAGCCAGUGCGACCCACGCGCUCCCCGCGGCAGCCCGCUUUUGAGCGCACGCUCUUCGCUCGUCGUCGCACUCUUCGCUCGCUCGUAGCGCACUCGUCAUAAUAAAUAACCUUUCACCCGUGCCUCCGAGUUCGCUCGCCUUUAGCGACGCUAUUUAAAAGCAUGCCAUUAAUACUAACCCUAUUGUGUUCAAAUGACGAGACUAGUGUCACAUUAAAAUAUCAUGAAAAGCACUUGUGGAACCUUUAAUUUCUGUGCAUUCUACAUGUGAUAUUUUAUUACUUUUAAUUUAUGAUGGAAAAUUACAAGCGGCCGUCGCCAUCGCCGUCGCGGUGUUCGGUGAGGAGCGACAGCCGAGUGUUCCGGCAGCCGCGCAUCAUCCACGUGAACCGGGACGCCUCCACCAUGGUGGACGGCGAGACCAGCGCGGGACCGGUGCCGCCACAGCCCGAGUGGGACCCCCGUCUCGGUCCGCACGCCGCACACUUCCGCUCCCGCACCUUCAGCGACGGCUUUAUCAGAAACACCAGCCUCGAACUCCUCCUAGGCGUCGACUGCGAAGCAUGCCUCGCUCUAGCCGCCCAAAGGCAGUGUCUCGACAAACAUAUAUCAGAUCACGAAUUCAACCUGGUCUGCAGCUGUAACAUACAGCAAAACAACUAUUUAAACUACCAUCAAGAUGCGAAAGAUCACCGAGGGCACACCCUCAACAUUUAUGACCUCGAGAGAAUCAAAAGAGAAACUGGUCGCAGCCACCUCGCAAUCGGGUCACACCGCAGUCUAGAUCGAAAGCAUACCAAAAGCAAAACUAUCGGAGUCUCCAACUACAUUUCGAAACAAUUAAUAUCGUAUGACCCCACGAACACACUCGUACAGAAAAUAAAAAGGAAACUUUCCAACUUAAAAAAGAUGGGGGGCGACUCGGUGUUGAAAAAACAUACGAACGCGGUCCAACUCGCCGAGAUAACAUCGGGCUCGACGAGCCCUCUCAAGAAACUAUCUAUGCUGUCACUCGUAGACAAGUCUCAACGGAGGGUUAACAGCCAAAGUUGUAUUUUCACGUCGACGAGGUACCCGCCUAAAGACGAAUUGAAAACUAACGCACCUACUUACGCAAAUUUUUCUGGUAACGUGGACCAAUGUUUCGAUAGGCUCAAAGAUUGCAGUUCCAACACGGAUACGAUCAGAAAGUCAUCACACAAAAUGGUGAAAAUGAAAAGUUUUGACAAUAACGAUGAACUGCUCACUAGGCACUCCCCCGCUUUAGAAUCAAUGAAAUUUUCCACGUUAGAUAAUAGAAGUCGAUGUAGGAGUAUAAGGAGGCAAAUGUCGUACAACGACUUUCCAAGCGAACGGUAUAGAGGGUCAGAGAGUUGGUCACGGGACGACACGACAGCGGAGUCACGCAGCACGCGCAGUGACCUGGUUGACGACGACCCGCAGACUUUCCUGGACGCCGAUUUGGUCAUGAUGGGCCCGCGGACUCUGCACGCCCACUGUACCUGCGAUCAGACACACGACACAAGGAUACCUUCAAUUUUUUACGAUACACAGGGUAAGAAGCGAAGUGCCCCAGCGCCUGACGUGACAGACAGAGGGCAGGGUCGGGCGUGCAGCGCGUGCAAGUCACCGCAAUGGGCACCCGGAGCCGCGUCCACGACUAGCCACAGCUCCACCACCACUGGAAACUCGUCACGUUUUUCCGUGUGGCAUCGGCGAUGGUGCUGCGUGGCGGUGCUGGUUUUGGUAGCCGGCACAGCCUGCGUGGCCGGUCCGCUGGCACUCCGAGCCCCACCCGGGGCUCCGCUGCACGAACGACUUCGGCUGGCCGAACGGUUACUACACGACACCCCCCUCAUUGACGGCCACAACGAUCUACCGUGGAACAUCAGGAAAUUUCUACACAAUAGGUUAAAAGAUUUCAGGUUUGACGAAGACCUUCGUACGAUAUCACCCUGGGCCACAAGUUCCUGGAGUCAUACAGAUCUACCACGUCUCAAACAGGGCAGAGUGGCAGCCCAGUUUUGGGCGGCGUAUGUGCCUUGCGACGCCCAGCAUCGGGACGCAGUACAGCUGACAUUCGAACAAAUUGACCUCAUCCAGCGGCUGACUGACAAGUACCACCCGCAGCUGACGCUCUGCACGUCCGCAGACGAUAUAUUAUCCGCGCACGCGAAUCACCGCGUCUGCUCGUUGGUCGGGGUGGAAGGUGGUCACGCCAUCGGCGGCUCUCUAGGCGUGCUCCGAACGCUGUACCAGGUGGGCGUGCGCUACCUCACGCUCACAUCUACCUGCGACACGCCCUGGGCGGAGUGUGCGUCCGCAGACCGCGCCGAGCCGUCAGCUCGGGGCGGCCUCACGCAUUUCGGAAAGGUGGUUGUGAAGGAGAUGAACCGACUCGGGAUGCUGGUGGACCUGUCGCACGUGUCGGAGCGCACGAUGCGCGACGCGCUGGCAGUGUCGCGAGCGCCUGUGCUGUUCUCGCACUCGUCAGCGCGCGCACUGUGCAACGUGACGCGAAACGUGCCCGACACUGUGCUGCGACUGCUGGCCGCUAACAAAGGCCUCAUCAUGGUCAACUUUUACACGUCUUUUCUGACUUGCAGGGACACCGCUACCGUCAAAGACGCUAUAGCGCAUAUUAAUCACAUCCGUGACGUAGCUGGCGUAGACAGCGUGGGCCUGGGAGCAGGCUAUGAUGGAAUAAAUUACACCCCGCAAGGUUUAGAAGACGUAUCGUCAUACCCCUUACUGUUUGCGGAGCUCAUGGAGGAGGGAUGGAGUAUAGAGGAACUGCGCAAACUUGCCGGAUUGAAUCUGCUGAGGGUCCUGGGUGCGGCGGAGCGUGUCGCACGCGAGCUGUCGUCCGCACACGUGCUGCCCUUCGAAGAUAUCCCGCCACGCCCGCUUGACACGCACAACUGCUCCAGUCAAGACUUCUAGGCCGAUCCCUUCUUUUCAGAAAUAAAACCAAAAAAAUGGGUACUUUGGCAUAAUUGGGCUGACCUUAAAAAUAAGCCCUCUUUAACCUCACAGGGGUGAAAUAUUAAAAGACGUAAGGUGGGUGAACCAUGGAAGGCCACUCUAACGAAUAAACAGUUUUUGUUAGUUCAUUUACUGGAUAAAUGAAAGAAACAAAUCAAUAACUUUGUUUUAUUGUGUAACAUAUAAAUUCCUUUUUUUUUUGUUCUAAAUGUAAUCACUAUUUAUUAAACUUAACUUUUAUUAAGCUCUUUUAAACGGUAAGGCCGUUUUUCUAGGAACAGGUCUCCAUUCAACGCCAAUAUUAUAAUCAGAUAUUUCGAUAGUUACUGUCGAAAUAUCCGCUUUUACUAAAACUACAUAAAAAAAACAUUUUAACGAAACAUUAAAUGCUUAAAAGAUUAUAUAAUCUUCUUUAAAAAACUCAACGAAUAUUCCUUGAACACUAUCGAAUAACUAAGAAUAUAUUGAUAAAAAUUAUUUAAAAAAUAUAGUUAUGAAUAUAAAUUCAAUAAUAAAUAAGUUGCCAAUGCUUUUUGGAAUGAAUUUGUAUAUAACAAAAUUGGCCUUCAAUGGCCUUUUUAUGGGUCCGUUCUUUGUAAGUCCAAAAUGUUUCUCAGAAGGUUAAGUUGAAUAACCCUUAUAAAUAAUAUUACAAACAUAAAACUUUUCCGGUACGUAUUUAUAACUAUAAACUAAGUAUUCAUAUUUACAGGAUUUAUAAAUAUUCUUAAUAAUAGUAUAUGGAAGGUCCAUAUACCCUAACAAGGCCGACCGUAAAAUUUUUGGUUGGCCUUAUAAGGAACUUCUGAUAUUUUAACUUGAAAUCAAAACAAAAUUAUUAUUAUUUUCUUUGGUACCAUAACAAAUGUUUAUAUGACAAUUUACCGUGGGAAAUAAGGCAAUAAUAAGUUAUUUACAUAACAAAUUUACCUUUAGCUGUGCGCGCGAAUUACAAUUUUGCCGUCGACGACCGAAGUCGACGAAGCGAGGGACUGCAAUCAAAAAAUUGCGACGAGAGCGACUCGCCGCUGCGUCUGUGUUGAUAUUGAUAUGAGUUUGAUGGAGCUUAGUGUGAGUGGGAGGAAUUUAUCGUUACACGACAAUAGCUAUGAUUUUUUUUAAAGUUGGCCUUCAAAGGAGCAUGGCCUUUCAUGGUCCACCCGCCUUGAUUACAAACCGGCGAUCUUGCUCAGUUUAUUGCCGGAUUUACUUAAUACAGGUCCUUCGUCGUGAAUUUACGAUCCAAUGGCGAAGUUGUUUAUUAGAUAAGUCUCUGUCUCAGAUUUAAUCAGUCUCUCCUUUUUGAGACUGACUAAACUGAGCAUGGUAAUAAUACACUGUUGUCACUUUGUUGUUCACUGUUCACUUUUUCAAAACCAUUGUUUCGUUUUCAAACUGAAAAUUUAGCUGAAGUAGUGCUGGGUGAAAUAACGUUGUGGUCGGGUCGGAGUAUAAUGCUAUUUGCUCCACGGAUUCAAAUGAAAAUAUUUAAAUAGCGUUGUUGUCGAUUGUCAAAAGCAGUCUGGCGUGUCUAUUGCUGUUUUUUUUAAGUUUACCCCAAAAUAAUUUAAUCUUAUUGCUUUUAUACCAAAGAAAUCGUUUAGAAUAUAUUAAUGUAUUUGUUUUAUAAUAAGUUUGUCAAAACCAUACUGGACCUACCUAAAAUUUCGUGUUCAACAUGUUUUUUUAUCUACGUAGAUGUUAAGUACCUACUGACAAAUAUUUCUUGUGCAACACGCUUCAUUUCCAUUUCAAAUAAGUGUAAUUAAAUAAUAUUUUGGGCUUUAAUAUUGUAAACUAACCUGUGAUCCUGAAACGCAAACGAUCUAGUUCAACUAUUCACUCGCACUUGUUCCCUACACACAAUACUCACAGUAUCAGAUCGCGGGACGACACUUUUUUGAUGUUUGCGGUUUUUACACAUACGAACCACUGGAUUCCAUACAUUUGACAAUUUAAACCCAUCCUCACGAUUUAAAUUCUUGUGUUUGGUUAUUUCAAUCACUUCCCUGACCAAUCUUAGUAUGUAGUGGCGUUCUGUCGAAAUAAUUUGUGGAUUAUGGAGCUCAAUCCAGUGAUUAGGACCCGAAUCAAUUAAAUGUUCCGCGAUGGCUGAUUUUUGCGUAUCAUUAUUUCUGACUGCUUUUAUGUGUUCUUUCAUUCGGCACGCUAUUGUCCGCUUCGUUUGGCCAAUAUACGGACUACCACAGCUGCAGUCAAUCUUGUAUACACCAGGUUUAUCCAAGGGGAAGUUGUCUUUGGGAGACCGUAGAAUCUGUGACACUUUUUUGUAAAGGAGUGAAGACAGUAUUCAGUGAGUACUUAUUAGGUAUGUUCGAGAUCUUGUCUGUCACUCCUUUGAUGUAUGGCAAAAGUAGUGGUUGCCUGUCUACUUUGUGUUUCUGGUGUUUUAGUUUGUGUUUGGGUGGAAACUUUCCCGUGUAUCCAUUAUUCUGUAAGACCCGCCGUACAUGCUCCAACUCUUCGUGCAGGUGUUCCUUGUCACACAAGUCAUAUGCACGGUUCGUUAGUGAAGUGACUACAGAAUUUAGAUGUUUAGGGUGGUGAUGCGAGGCGGCGUUGAGAUAACGGUCUAUAUGUGUGGGUUUGCGGUGAAUGGAAUGACUCAGCGAACCGUCAUUCUGCACCCGAAUCUUCACAUCAAGAAAGGCCAGACUUCGGUCUUCUUCCAUCUCAUAUGUGAACCGCAUUUUGGUAUGGACUCCAUUUAAAUUUGCCAAAUGAGCCUGGACAUCUUCUUUGUUUCCUUUUAAAAUACAAAAUACGUCAUCAACAUACCUCUUCCAUAGUGCAAUUUCUGUGGGGGCGGUGGCGAAAGCUUUUUCCUCAAAAUACUCCAUCCAUAUAUUGGCAACUACUGGAGCUACCGGACUGCCCAUUGCCACCCCAUCUAUUUGGAGGUAGUACUGACCCUGGUAUAUAAAGAAGUUCAUCGACAAACAAUGAUGUAACAACUUGGCAUAUUCUGUCGGGAUGUCAUUGUCUUGCAACUUCACCUUUACUACUUCCAGAUUGUCCAACACAGGUACGUUUGUAAAAAGUGAUUCCACGUCGAAACUAACCAUCAAGUGAUUGUCUUCCACCUUGUUUUGGUGUAAGAUUUCUACGAAGUGGCGGGAAUCCUUUACAAACGACGAUGUUCGUCCCACUAAUGGCUGCAAUAUUUUUGCUACGUGUUUGGCGAGUUCAUACGUAGGUGAGUCUAUCUGACUCACAAUCGGACGUUGCGGCACUUUCAACUUAUGUAUCCUAGGCAGACCAUAUAUUUUUGGAGGUUGGACGUUUCUAGGACGUAGCAAAUAUUUGACGGUAUCGUCGUCUAGAGCGUAGGCACAUUCUUUUAUAAGUGAGCGAGUGCUUCGAUCAGUCCUCGCCGUUGGGUUGUAAUUAACCUUAAUAUACGUGUUUGCAUCAGUGAGUAGACUAUGAAUCUUACUUUCAUACUCAGUGAUGUCCAUUAUGACAGUCGCAUUCCCUUUAUCACCUACGAGGAGGUGAUAGGGUUGGUUGAAGAAGGGAUCAUGCGUAACAAGAUACCAGCAAUUGAUGCGGAUACGCUUAGACAAGAUGUUGCUGUGGUGUUACGUCAUGUGAAACCAC